CUUUGGCACGGUGAGGGCAAGGUGAAGCAGCAAAGUCCGAGACAGCGGCACCGGCCAGAAGGAGAAGAACUAUUCCAAAUGUCGACGCUGGGUGGCAGUGUUGACCACGGACCGGAGGCUUCCUCUCCCCGCCCAGGCUCUGCAGCACAGGCAGACAAAAAGAACAGAGAGAGCUGCUCGGGAGCGGCGUUAGGGAACGCAGCCGCGCUGCUCCGGGGCUUGCAGAAGACCUUCUCCGCUAUCCCGGACAGACACGGCUCGACCUGGGGCCCAGCUUGCAAAUGCCGGCAAGCCGGAAGAGCUCUGAGCGGCUUUUGUGGAGAGGAAUGGCGUGGAACGGGAGACGGAGCGGAGGCAGCCCCAGGCAAGUGAUCGUCUUCCUUCUGUGCGUUUGCGUGUGGCAGAGCGCGGCCGAAAGCCUCCGCUAUUCUCUGCCGGAGGAGAUGGAGAGGGACUCGUUGGUGGGCAAUAUCGCGCAGGACCUGGGGCUUGCUCCGAGCCAGCUGGCGGCUCGCAAGGCGCGCGUUGUGUCCGAGGGGAGCCAGCAGCUUUUCCGCCUGAACCCGAGCAGCGGAGUGCUGACGGCCAAGGAGUCUCUGGACCGAGAGGAGAUCUGUCCGCAGAGAGAGACCUGCACCCUUUUCUUUACGCUGUUCUUGGACAACCCGUUGGAGCUGAUCCGAGGGGAGGUGGAGGUUGUUGAUGUGAACGACAAUUCUCCCGCGUUUCCGGAAAAGGAAAUAAUUUUAAACAUUCUUGAAACGACACCCCCAGGGUCCCGUUUUCCUCUGGAAAGCGCCCGGGACAAGGACGUGGGCAGUAACGGUUUGCAGAAUUACAGCCUAGAGUCCAAUUCGCAUUUCGCCCUCUCUCUCAAAUCAAGGAAUGAUGGAGUAAAAUACCCAGAGCUAGUUUUAGAUCAGCAGCUGGACCGCGAAGAGCAACAGGAGCUGAAUUUACUCCUGGUUGCUACAGAUGGAGGCUUACCAUCCAGAACAGGAACAGCUCAGAUCCGGAUUGUGGUGCUGGAUGCCAAUGACAACACCCCAAUGUUCAGUCAGGAGGUCUAUGAUGUGCGCAUGGCAGAGGACAGCCCCAUUGGACAGCUGGUGGCCAAAAUCACAGCCACAGAUCCCGACGAAGGGUCCAACGGGAAAGUACACUAUGCCUUCACACAGAUAUCAGACGGAUCCCGACAUCUUUUUGAUCUCAACCCUGACACGGGGGAGAUUCGGGUGGUGGGUAACAUGGACUUUGAGGAAAUGAAGUCCCACGAGAUGAUGGUAAGAGCUACAGACGGUGGGGGUCUGUCUGCGCAUUGCAAAGUGCAGGUGGAGGUCGUGGACGUCAACGACAACGCCCCGGAGAUACAGCUGACCUCACACACUGCAUCCAUUCCCGAGGACGCUCCGCCACGCACCCUGGUGGCACUCCUCAGCGUGCGGGACCGGGACUCAGGCGACAACGGCAGGACAGAGUGCACCAUCGAGGGGGACUUGCCCUUCACUCUCACCCCCACUUUCAACAAUUUCUACGAGCUGAGAACCAGCGCGGCGCUGGACAGGGAGACGACGGCAGAGUAUAACCUCAGCAUCCGAGCGACGGACUGGGGCCAGCCGCGCCUGAGCGCCCUUGAAAGCCUGUGGGUGCAGGUGGGGGACGUGAACGACAACGCCCCCGCCUUCAGCCAGGAGCUGUACAGCCUGUGGGUGACGGAGAACAACAGGCCGAUGGUGCGCAUCGGGCGCGUGCAGGCGAGCGACGCGGACGCGGGCAGCAACGCGCGCGUGCAGUACGCGCUGGUGCGCGGGGAGGGCGCGGAGCAGCCCGCGCUGUCGGUGAACGCGGAGAGCGGCGAGGUGUACGUGGUGCGGGCGCUGGACUACGAGCGGCUGCGCGCCUUGGAGGUGCGGGUGCGCGCCACGGACGGCGGCUGGCCGGCGCUGAGCGCGCAGGCGGUGCUGCGCGUGCUGGUGCGCGACGAGAACGACAACGCGCCGGUGGUGCUGCACCCGGGCGGCGAGAGCGGCGCGGGCGCGGGCGAGCUGGUGCCGCGCUGGGCGCCGGCGGGCUACCUGGUGGCCAAGGUGGUGGCGGUGGACGCGGACGCGGGCCAGAACGCCUGGCUGUCGUACGAGCUGGCCAAGGCCACGGAGCCGGGGCUCUUCCGCCUCGGGCCGCACAGCGGCGAGCUGCGCACGGCCAGGGCCGUGGCCGAGCGCGACGCGCCCCGACACAGCCUCGUCGUGCUCGUGCGAGACCGCGGCCAGCCGCCGCGCUCGGCCAGCGCCACCCUCGCCGUCGCCCUGCUCCGCGACUUCUCCGACGCCCACGCAAGCCUCGCCCACGACCCGCCGCCCCACGAGCCCGACCACACGCUCACGCUCUACCUCAUCGCCUGCCUGGCCUGCGUCUCCGCGCUCUGCCUGGCCACCGGCCUGGCCGCGCUGCUCACGAAGCUGCGGCGGGACCGGCGCAAGCGCGCCGAGCCCUUGCCCACCUUCCCGACGGUUGUGGCCGACAGCGACGCGGGCUCCCUUCCCCGCAGCCUGGUGUACGACGUCUGCUUGGCCACCGGCACCCUGAGCAGCGACUUUCGCUUCCUCGGACCCUUCUUGCCCUGCUUCCCUGCGGGGGUGACUCCUGGUGUGGCCCCACAGCGGAGCUCGGUGUGUUCACAAGAGGCAUCUGCCGUCGGUGAAGGAAGCGACUGGUCUGCAGAGGGCAGAGCUCCACCCGCUGAAGACAGCGCUCUCAGACCUGCUGAAGCAGCUUGCUCUGCAAACAAGGGGAGGGAGUUAAAUAGUUAAAUGUUUUGAUCAAAAUCUUUGGCUCACUCACGAGUAAGUGAUGAGAAUGACAAGCUAUCUGUCCUCAAUGGCUAACAUCUUCACACGUAAAAGGGAAAAAAGGAGACCAAACACUCACAAAAACAAACAAACAAACAAACAAACAAACACUCAAGAGGCGCAAAUGUUGUCCGAGAGAGAGAAAAACCUCCUUUAGUCUUGAGCAGUACUUUAUUCUUGUAGAAGUCUUGUUACAUGGCUGGAGGACUGUGUGGCAUGCUGGUUAUUUUGAAGCCUGUGUAUCUGAUUGCGGUAAUGCUACUGCUUCUGAAACGAAGUUUCCUCCCCCUCCCUUUUCUCUUCUCUUCUCUUUUCUUUUCUUUUCUUUUCUUUUCUUUUCUUUUCUUUUCUUUUCUUUUCUUUUCUUUUCUUUUCUUUUCUUUUCUUUUCUUUUCUUUUCUUUUCUUUUCUUUUCUUUUCUUUUCUUUUCUUUUCUUUUCUUUUCUUUUCUUUUCUUUUCUUUUCUUUUCUUUUCUUUUCUUCUCUUUUCUUUUCUUCUCUUCUCUUCUCUUCUCUUCUCUUCUCUUCUCUUCUCUUCUCUUCUCUUCUCUUCUCUUCUCUUCUCUUCUCUUCUCUUCUCUUCUCUUCUCUUCUCUU